AAAUCCUCCCCCCUUCUCGCGCUCCCCGUAUCGCCCUCCUUCAGCCUAUUGCUUCGCCGCCGAGAUGGGACGCGUGAUCCGAGCACAGAGGAAGGGAGCCGGGUCGGUUUUCCGCUCCCACACGCACCACCGCAAGGGGCCCGCGCGGUUCCGGAGCCUCGACUUCGGGGAGCGCAAUGGCUACCUUAAGGGCGUGAUCACCGAGAUCUUGCACGACCCUGGCCGUGGCGCCCCUCUUGCCCGCGUCACCUUCCGCCAUCCCUUCCGGUACAAGCUCCAGAAGGAGCUCUUCAUCGCCGCCGAAGGGAUGUACACCGGCCAGUUCGUCUAUUGUGGCCGCAAGGCCUCCCUUAUGGUCGGCAACGUCCUUCCCCUCCGCUCCAUUCCUGAGGGUGCCGUCGUCUGCAACGUCGAACACCACGUUGGCGACCGCGGUGUUCUAGCCCGCGCCUCCGGCGACUACGCGAUCGUCAUCAGUCACAACCCUGACAACGGCACCUCCAGGAUCAAGCUCCCAUCUGGAGCAAAGAAGAUCGUUCCGAGCAAUUGUCGUGCCAUGAUCGGACAAGUUGCUGGUGGUGGUAGAACUGAGAAGCCCCUACUUAAGGCUGGCAAUGCCUACCACAAGUUCAGAGUGAAGAGGAACUGUUGGCCAAAGGUCCGAGGUGUGGCUAUGAACCCUGUGGAGCAUCCCCACGGAGGAGGAAACCACCAGCACAUUGGACAUGCCUCCACCGUCCGCCGUGAUGCUCCUCCUGGGCAGAAGGUCGGUCUCAUUGCUGCAAGGAGGACUGGUCGUCUCAGGGGACAGGCUGCUGCCACUGCUGCCAAGGCAGAGAAGACCUCUUAGAUUGCUUAGUGGAACAGUGUCUGGUAUAUUGGUUUCUGAUGAGCUCAGUUUGUCAUUUGAGUAUUAUGGUGACUUUCUUGUCAUUUAUUAUGUUGGAGGACCAUUAUGGAUUUCGAGAUAUUUUAUUUUACCUUUUCCUGUUAUGGAUUCGAUAUUGUUGAAAUCCUCUUGUUGAUGGCAACAUCUUAAUUGUUACCACUCUUUUUAUA